AUGCGUUCCCGAAUUCACCUCCCGCUCGCCUUGUCCUUGGCUUCGAUCCCGGGUGCUCUCAGUCACUACUUCUUCCCGUACUUCAUCGACAACACAAAUGUCACGGACUACUACGAGUAUGUUCGUGAGGAUACCCAAGGAUAUAUGCCAUGGAAGGGAAACUACGACAGCGACGACUUGCGCUGCAACACCGAUUCCUUCCAGUACGCCAACCAGACGGACGUGUACAAAGUGAAGGCAGGAGACACAAUUGGAUUUGGAACCGAUUUCGGUGCUCAGAUCGAACACCCUGGACCUAUGCAGGUGUACCUGUCUAAGGCACCCGGCGACGUCCACGACUAUGAUGGGUCCGGUGAUUGGUUCAAGAUCUGGGAGCUUGGCCCAACAUCUUUUAGUAGCGAUGGCAUCGAAUGGGGAGUGACUGGCCGGUCCAACUUCACCUUCCCUUUGCCAAAGGAGACACCUCCUGGUCAUUAUCUCGUCCGCAUCGAGCACAUUGCACUCCAUGGAGCUGGAGAUUUCGGCGGCGCGGAGUUCUACUUUAACUGUGCACAGAUCGAGGUCGAAAGCGAUAGUACUGCUAUUCCUGAGCCGGUUGUGAAGAUCCCGGGUGUCUAUGAUGGUUACGAGCCUGGUAUUUUGUUCUACAUGUAUCGACCCUACUGGCAUAACUAUUCCAUGCCGGGACCGUUGGUGUGGCCCCAGAGCAUUGGUAAUUCGAUCUAUGCGGAGGGUGUGACGGGAACGCCCACAGGCACUUGGUCGGCCCCUGCGGUGACUCCCUUGCUUACGUCGGCUGGGGUCAUGUCUCAGUAG